AUGAGGUACGCUCUCUCGCUGCUGCCGGCUCUGGCCGCAGCAUCGCCUCUCCUCCAGGUCGGCACCAUCCACAACGGUGCCGCGCCCGUCCUCUCUUCGACGCAUGCGAAGGAGGUGCCCAACUCGUACAUGGUCGUGUUCAAGAAGCACGUCAAGCACGAGGCUGCCCAGAGCCACCACGAGUGGGUGCAGAGCAUCCACACCAAGAACCAGGACGAGCGCAUGGAGCUGCGCAAGCGAUCGCAGUUCCCCCUCACGUCCGAGGUCUUCGACGGCCUCAAGCACACUUAUAACAUUGUUGGGGGGUUGAUGGGCUACUCAGGUCACUUUGACGAUGAGACGCUUGAGGCCAUCCGGAGGCAUCCUGACGUCGACUACAUCGAGAAGGACUCCGAGGUCCACACUAUGGGCAGCAGCGACGACUACGAGACCGAGAAAAACGCCCCGUGGGGUCUCGCCCGUAUCUCGCACCGCGACUCGCUGAGCUUCGGCACCUGGAACAAGUACCUCUACUCUGCCGACGGCGGUGAGGGCGUUGACGUCUAUGUCAUUGAUACCGGCACCAACUACAAGCAUGUUGACUUCGAGGGCCGUGCUCACUGGGGCAAGACCAUCCCGCAGGGUGACGCCGACGAGGAUGGCAACGGCCACGGCACUCACUGCUCUGGCACUGUUGCUGGCAAGAAGUACGGUGUUGCCAAGAAGGCCAGCGUCUAUGCUGUCAAGGUGCUCCGCUCCAACGGCUCCGGCACCAUGUCCGAUGUCGUCAAGGGUGUUGAGUACGCCGUUCAGGCCCACAACGAGCAGGUCGAGGCCGCCAAGAAGGGUAAGAGGAAGGGCUUCAAGGGUAGCGCUGCCAACAUGAGCUUGGGUGGCGGCAAGUCCACCACCCUUGAUCUCGCCGUCAAUGCCGCCGUCGACGCUGGCAUUCACUUCGCUGUCGCUGCCGGUAACGACAACGCCGACUCUUGCAACUACUCCCCCGCUGCUGCUGAGAACGCCGUCACGGUCGGUGCCUCCACUCUCCUUGAUGAGCGUGCCUACUUCUCCAACUAUGGAAAGUGCAACGACAUCUUCGCUCCUGGACUGAACAUCCUGUCUACCUGGAUCGGAUCUGAGCACGCGACCAACACUAUCUCCGGUACCUCGAUGGCUUCUCCCCACAUUGCUGGUCUCUUGGCCUACAUGCUCUCGCUCCAGCCUUCCAAGGACUCCGCUUAUGCCGUCGGCGACAUCACUCCCAAGAAACUCAAGGCCAGCCUCAUCUCAAUCGGUACCGUUGGUGCCCUCUCUGACGUCCCAAGCAACACCAAAAACGUCCUCGCCUGGAACGGCGGUGGCUCUUCCAACUACACCGACAUCGUCAACAAGGGCGGCUACAACGUCAAGGCUGUUGAGCAGGAGGAAGACUCCAUUACCAUCACCAUCCCUUCUUUCUCUGAGAUCGAGGAGGACAUCCAGUCCGAGUUUGAGAAGGCCAAGUCCUCCGCUGGCCGCACCGGCCACCAUCUCCAGGACAAGCUCGACAAGCUCACCGCCGAAAUUGAGGACUUCGUCGCUGAGGAGAUGGAGGGCUUCUUUGAGGAGUUCAAGGAGCGCGUCGCUCGCGAGUAG